AUGUCGCGGAGAGUUUCAUUGCCCAGUCGGCUCUAUCUGGUAUCCUUCCCCAACUCGACCCGAAGCAAUUUGGACCUUACUAACGAGAUCUUCAAGGCUACAGACAAGACAGAUAUACUGUGCUCCUUAGUAUCAACAGACUUUAGUAAAGUGUUUGAUCGCGUUAACCACAACGUUGCCAUUCAACGUCUGAUCGAUCUAGGCCUGAGGCCCUCAAUUACAAGCUGGAUAGUCGACUUUCUCAGAAACAGACAACAAGCAGUUCGGUACCAUGGUGCGCUUUCCGAGAAAAUCACCGUUACCUGUGGCCUACCUCAGAUCCCUGUCAAGUGGUUAGAACUAAAGUCUAAGCUGCAGGAUAUGUACAAGGAAGGUAGGAGAUACUGCAGCCUGCAGGAAGUCAUGGAAGCAAUCGGCAGUCCGCCCAAGACAACCACAACAGAAGAGAACGCCAUCAGCAUCCUGACCUUCUGGCACCUUUGUGGCGACAUCAUCUACUUCCCGGUCCAGAACCUCCGCAACUUCGUGAUCCUGGAACCACAGUGGUUCGUGGACGUCUGCAAAACCAUCAUCACAAUCCCGCAGUACCGAGAUCGUGAAGUGAAAGAUGAAUGGGACAGGCUGCAGGAGACAGGGGAGUUGCGAGAUCACUUGAUAGAUUACGUGUGGAGUCACCGAGAAGAAGCCCUGCGGUACAACUUGAUGGAACACAAGCAAGAGCUGCUGGACAUGAUGGAGAAGUUUGAUCUGGUCCUUCGAUGCCAUGGGCGCAGCGAGGAAGAGACCGGUCCAAAGUGUGAUGUUGCCGGGGAAGCAACGUACUUCGUUCCAUCAUUACUCACGUCUGUAAAGGAUGAGAAGAAGCUCUACCCACCCGGUACAACAUGCAGCAAGCCGAUCUUCGUCGUGUUUGACGGCAAGUUCUGCCCUGUCGGCCAGUACCAUAGGAUGGUCAUCAGCAGUAUGCGUCGCUACCUCAGCGUCAAACCGCAGCUAGCGUAUGCGUCAUGUGCCAAGUUCAUCACAAGUAACAUCAAGAGGCAGACCUUCAUCCUCACAAAGGAAAAGUUCUUCCUGAAGGUUGGAUUGGUGUCUUCAGUGAAAGAUGAGGAAAGCUGCUUUAGCCAUGGCCCCAGUGUGAGGGAAGGUUUGGAGGAAGAUUUGACAGACAUCAUCAACAAGUGGGUUCCAGGCAUCCGGUACAAGUGGUGCGUCAGGUGCGGCUGUGAGGGCCACAGGGAGAAGGAAGAUGCUGACAGUUUCCUCCUUAUAGAAGAUCUCAGCGCUACCGAACACUUCAAGAGUGGUGAAAUCGUCUGUGAGACGUACGCACCUGCAACUACAACCGUCAAGGAAGCUGGCCUUUCCGACUGGUUCCGAAACCCAGUGCCGCAGACUGCAGAGGAAACGUUGGCUUAUCCAGGAAGCCUACCGACAGUUUCUCAGGACUACUUCCACCUGGUUGUGAGGGAGGUGUGUCCAAGAUGGAGAGAGCUCGCCUUCCGCCUCAACCUCUCACCUGCAAAUGUUGAGGAGAUCGAUGAGCGACACCGGGGAGAGCCACGGAAGUGCUGCAGGGCUGUCUGUGACCGCUGGGUUCAGCUGAACGGCAGCAGUGCGACGGUGGAAGUGCUGAAAGACGCGCUCAUGUCAAUCGGAGAGGUGCCGACGGCAGAGAAUAUCGACGAGUGA